AUGUCAUCCCGGAACCAGUCAAGUAGUCUUCAUAAAUUCAAGGAGAUUCUUUUUUCUACUAUGUCUUCAGAAGAACUUCUAAAUUCCCUGGAUUCCUUCAGUGCAAGAGAAGAUGAUGUGUUUCUGGUUUCCUAUCCAAAAUCUGGCACUCACUGGUUUGCUAAAGUCAUCGAGAACAUUCCCAAUGCUGACAUUACUCUAACAUCUCCAAUUGAAUUGGGAGACAUUUCUAAAUUGGAAGAGCUCAAAACGUAUUGUAAGAGAAGAAUUAUUCCAACACAUUUGAACUACAACAUGCUACCAAUGGAUAUUAAACAAAAACAAUGCAAGAUUAUCUACAUCAUUAGGAAUCCAAAAGACACAGCUGUUUCUCUGUUUCACUACUACAGAGAUAACCCUAAUCUCCCCGGCGUGGAAACCUGGGCUGCGUUUUUAGAGCUUUUCCUAAGAGGAAAUGUUGUAUAUGGAUCCUGGUUUGAUCAUGUUUUAAGCUGGGAAAGCCACAAAAAUGAUAAAAACAUUCUAUUUAUCUUCUAUGAAGAAAUGAAGAAAGAUUCUUCUAAAAGCAUAAAGAAAAUAACUAGUUUCCUCGAUAUUAAUGUGAGUGACAACGAAAUUAAUCAGAUUGCUUGGAAAUCAUCAUUCAGGGAAAUGAAAAAUAAUGCAGCCAAAGAAAACUGUGAUCCAAAUAAGACCAUCUGUGUCCUGACAUCUAACAAGAACCUGGUGUUUAGGAAAGGAGCAGUGGGUGAUUGGAUAAACUACUUUACUUCAGAGCAGAAGAGAGUAUUUGAUGAACUAUUCACAGAGAAAAUGAAACACAGUGAACUUGCAAGACACUUUGAAGAUUACUCUUAAUAUAAAUGGAAAAUGAAACCAAUUUCCAUUUUAUGAGAUACAGUACUUGUGGAAUACAUAAAUAUUUUUAAUCAAUGUGGAAAGCAGAUAUUUCUUUCCGUGAGAAAUGGACACUUUAUGAAUGCGUCAAAAAUGCCAUGUGUGAGAGACUAUUAUUAUCAUAAUUGGUAGUAGCAGAGAAUUAUUAAUAAAAUGAAGUAUAUAAUUUUUCAGUGGCUGAAUUAUGUAUCUGCAUUGAGGCUAUUCAUAAGGCAAGGAGAUUACUUCUAUUCAGAGAACAUAUUACUGUGGGUGUUCUAUAAACUGCAUUAAUGUACAACAAAAGAGGUGAGGGAUUAUCUAAAAUGACCGAUGUCUGAGAAGAAUGUAUUUUCUGCCUGUUUGGACCAUCAUGACGACUAGAAAAACAUUUUUAUUUCAACAUUCCCUGAGGUCCAUGCAGAAAUAUUCUCUAGUAUCAUAGCAAUGACAAGUAUAACCUUACUAAGGUGGAAACACCUAAUAGGUAGAUUAUAACAAAUGAUCGCAAUCUGGUAUACUGGUGAAAUGAAGAAUGAAAAGAUACCCUUUCACAUUAAAUAACACUGGUGUGGCAUUCCAGUAUUUCCUUUAUCUUUAAGAAAGUCAGCUAAGUGACAAAAUUUCUUAUUUUCCAGUUUGGAAAAGUAUAAUUUUCCUGAAGCAUUUAUUAUUUUUAUAGUAUUUUGAAUAUGUAUUCUUUCUCUCAGUAGCAUUUCUAGCAUUAAUCCAACUUGUGUAAUUCUCUGUCUCUUAUAAUACAUAUUAUUCUGUAGCUUUAGCCUACAGGACAUUGUAGGCUAUUUCAGUGAAUUUACUUAGUUUAGGAUUAUUGCUUAAAUGACAAUAUGCUGGUUACGAAUAUCUAUGUCAUAUUGUUUACUUCUGUGCCAUAAUAUCUAACUUAAGACUAAUAGGAAGUCAAAAUUGUAUACUGUAUAUGACUCUGAGCUAUGAAACCAAAGCAAUGGGUUGAGUGAGUUAAAUCAGCCAAAUAUCAAUGUAUUGAAAAUCUUAUUUUCAGUAACAAAUCUGUUGGAGUCUUUUGCAUCAACUUUAUCACA